AUGGCGAGCUCAGACGAUGAGUCUCAGCCUCAGGUGGCCCAGCUUGUCCAGACUGACGACAUCAUUGUCACAGACGCUCCCAAGAUCGACCUGGAAUCCUACAUACAGAACUACAGAGGCCGCACUCGUGUGUACCGACUCAUCCUGAUCGCAAGUACUUCGACCGUCCUAGCCGUGGACGCACUCAAACUCGCUGUACAAGAAAUCGUUGGAGAGGGAAAGGAUGUCGAGCUUUACCGCAACAUCGUACAGGAGAUUCGAACUCUCGCGCCCAACGAGGCCGAGGCCAACUACGACAAGCAGUGGGCAGAGAAAGUGGACAAGGCGAAUCAGGCGGAGCUGUCCCGUCUCGAGAGCGAGCUGAAGGGGUACAAGAACAACCUUGUCAAAGAGAGCAUUCGGAUGGGCAACGAAGACCUGGCAAGACACUAUGAGAGCAUGGGCGAUCUGAACCAGGCAUAUGAGGCCUACGCGAAGAUGCGAUCCGACGUCAGCUCGACAAAGCACAUUGUCGAAGUCGGAUUCCACCUGGCCCGGGUCUCCGUGUAUCGCCACGACUGGGCGAUGGUCAUUGCCAAUGUGAACAAGAUCAGCGGCCUCCAGACCGAGCCAAACAGCAAGACCAUGCAGGCCCGCUGCAACGCUUUGUACGGGAUCGCUCUGCUAGGCCAGUACAAGUACACGGAGGCUGCGCAAAAGUUCUUCCAGGUGGACCCGAUACUCGAGCCAGAAGUGUAUGAUGAGUAUGCAAGCCUCAAUGACAUCGCGGUCUACGGCGGUCUGCUGGCUCUCGCGACGAUGAGUCGCAAAGAGCUAACCAAGUUCCUCGAGAGCUCUUCGUUCCGCGCGUUCUUGGAACUCGAACCUCAUCUUCGCCGAGCCAUAUCGCAGUUCAUCACUGGCAGAUACUCGGCCUGCUUGGCGAUACUCGAGUCCUACCGUCCGGACUACCUGCUCGACAUCUACCUUCAACCUCACCUGGACGAACUGUACGGAUGGAUUCGCGGCAAGUGUAUUCACCACUUUCUGCUGCCCUUUUCCUGUGUCACUCUGGACAGCAUGAAUGAGGCAUUCGCGCCGCCUGGAGGCUCGAUCGAAGAGGAGCUGGCAGACAUGAUACGAGACGGCGGUCUGGAGGCGCGCAUCGACUCUAUCGACAAGCUCGUGACAACUACUACUACCAACCCCCGGGUCAAGAUGCAAGUUCAGUCUCUGAACGCUGCCAGAAGCUACGAGAAGGAUGCUGUUGACCGUAUCCGUCGGAUCGGAAUUCUCUCCGCUAACCUUGAAGUCAAGGGUAGACAGCGAGGAGGGCCUGGCCUCAUGAAUCCAGCUGACGACGCGGCUAUACCAUCUAGGUAUAGCCUUAGCAAGGACGGGGCUAUGCCGAUACUAGACAACGCGACGCAUCUUUGAGGAGAUUCGGGGUUUAUUUCGUGUGAUGACAGACCCCGACUGGACGGGAGGUGCAUAGGCGUUGGGAGUUGGUAGUUCUUACAGAAGCAUUUUGCACUUGGGUCAUAGGGCUCUCUUCUCUAGGAGGGGUUUUACAUGCUAAAUGGAAGGACAUAAUGAAGCAGAUCAUGAAUCUUCG